AUGACAUUUGCGAAACAUUGGAAAACCAAUAUAAUACCCACUUUAGAAGAAUGGAAGAUUAAAGUGAAUGAGUUUGCAAUCAUGGACAGACUGUCCAUGAUCAUCAGAACCAAAGUGCAGCAGCCUUUCCACCCGACACCAGAUGGGACCGGGACAGGAGUGAGUGCACCUGGACACACUAUAGUUCCCAGUACAGCAUCCCCUCCCGUCUCCAGUGCCUCCAAUGAUCCAGUGGGCUCCUACUCCAUUAACGGGAUUCUGGGGAUUCCUCGGUCGAAUGGUGAGAAGAGGAAACGUGAUGAAGAAGUAUCCGAGGGCUCAGUCCCCAACGGUGAUUCCCAGAGCAGUGUGGAUAGUUUGCGGAAGCACCUUCGUGCCGACACUUUCACACAACAGCAGCUGGAAGCUUUAGAUCGAGUCUUCGAGCGUCCUUCUUACCCAGAUGUCUUUCAGGCAUCAGAGCACAUCAAAUCUGAGCAGGGCAAUGAGUACUCCCUCCCAGCUCUGACCCCUGGUCUAGAUGAAGUCAAGUCGAGUCUAUCCACUUCUGCUAACCCAGACCUGGGGAACAACGUGUCAGGACCCCAGACAUACCCUGUAGUGACUGGUCGUGAUAUGGCAAGUACAACUUUGCCUGGUUACCCACCCCAUGUACCACCAACUGGACAGGGCAGCUACCCAACCUCAACUCUUGCAGGAAUGGUGCCUGGGAGUGAAUUCUCAGGAAAUCCUUACAGCCACCCUCAGUACACAACCUACAAUGAGGCCUGGAGGUUCAGCAACCCUGCACUACUAAGUUCCCCUUAUUAUUAUAGUGCCACAUCCCGGGGCUCCGCACUCCCACUGCUGCCGCUGCCUAUGACCGCCACUAGUUACCAUGGGAACCACAUGAAACUGCAGGGUGACAGCCUAGGCCUCCAUAUUGUACCUGUCUGAUGAACGUUCUGCACCACUUGGAAGGAUGAAGAAACUCUCUCCAUUUCCAUCAACCACCCCCUUCUACCCCACCCUCAUCUUUAAGAUUGCAGAACAUACUGGAAUGUCAUACAUUUGCUACCACCAGAUUGAAAACUUCAUGUCCUUUGUGAUUCAAUCAAGCAAGUUUAUUAGAGGAUGGCAAACACAAGCCUGUGGCCAUUGCUCCUGCUGCUGUUGUUGCUAAUGCCACAACAAUACUUCAGACUGUCCUACACGAAUUGUCCUUUGAUUCUCUGGCCUUCAAUUCUUUCCACAUGAGGCUUCCCUAACCUCUGACUGUGAGAGGAGUCUGAGCAAUAUAGUCUGCACUGUCCUCCUCUGGGACUGAUACAGACAGGAGCUAGCAAAGGAGUACUGCUUGCAACUCAUUGUGUCCUCAAGAAAGGCUCAUCUUUGAAAAACACUUCAAAAUGAUAACAGGUUCCUGAAGCCAUCAAGGGCUUUGCUUAUUCUAAGGAGGAAAGACCCUGUGUCAUUCUCUCUCAGUUCCACAAUGUUUUCUGUGACCCAUUCACUCCUAUUUCUCCAUAGGUUGGUUAAAACAAUUAGGUCUUGCUUUCCUCACGGUUUCAUCUGAAGACUGACUGUAUCCAUCCAGUAUGUCGUAAUUUUACAGGCUGAAGUUUGGGGGAAAGUCACAUACAUAACAUGAAUAUAACAGAGCCAAAUCAGACAGGAGACUGGAGUGAUGUCAACCAGCCAAUGGCGAAAUGAAGAACUAUAUAAAUAGAUAUAUAAAAAAUAACUGUUUUUAAUGCUUUGUCCUUAAGGUCUGUAAAAAGGAGGAAAAAAUGAACAAAUCCCCAGUUUUCUAAAAGCAAGAAGUUCCCACAGAACUAAACUGAAUACCAUCCCAACCUCAGUGGUAUAUGCUGUUCUUUCUGAACAAUAAUUCUCCCCUUUCAUAUAUUCUUUUUCUGUUAUGCACUGGAAUGUAUAUGUGGGCUAGAGAAGAGUGUCAGUGCAUUCUCUGGGGAGUUGGCCAUACCGUCCACAACUCCAGUAAGAAUUAGGAAGGGGAAAAACUUAAAUUUGCUACUGUACCCUACAAAUUUCUUUAACAAGUUAUCACUGAAAAAAAUAUUGCAGAAGCAUUUGGGGGCAAAUAGCACUGAACCAAGGCAAUUUCUUGGUUCUUUAGCUACCAGUUUCUGCCAUACAUGUUAACACAUAGGGACUAGAUGGGAUUCUCUUCUCUCAAUGAAGCUGUAAUAUUCUGAAAUAAGUGACACACAGAAAGAAAGAAAGAAAAAACAUAUUUCACUCCCUGAACCUUCAGUUUACUCUUAUAUUUUAACCAAAUCUUAAGUUACUCAGUGCAGCACUUUCCCUGUUCUUACGAUUGUUUGUUUUCCUGUUUCUUCAUGAAUAACAACUGGUCAGAAUUUGGAUCCCUAA